AUGCUCAUUGUGGGACUAACGGGUGGAAUAGCUUGUGGCAAAUCAACAGUAUCACAUGAACUUAAAACAAAACAUCACUAUACUGUGAUUGAUGCCGACUUGAUUGCUAGGGAAGUAGUAUUGCCGGGCAAGCCUGCUUACAAGAAGAUUGUCGAUUCGUUCAAUAACGUCCACGACUUGCUUCAUGACGAUGGGUCACUUAAUCGAACUGUUUUAGGGCAAGUUGUAUUCCAAGACAAGAAGAAAUUAAAUCUCCUCAAUUCGAUUGUGCACCCGGCUGUGCGAUGGGAAAUUGUUAGGCAAAUAUUUAGGGCCUAUGUCAGUUGUUCGAGUUUGGUCAUUUUGGAUGUUCCCUUGUUAUUUGAAUCUCAGUUGUACAUGAUUUGUGGUUUAAUAGUUACUGUAUCAACAAAAUCAGAACUCCAAAUUGAAAGAUUGUUAGCUAGGAAUCCCGAAUUGUCGAAAGAAGAUGCAGAGAAUAGAAUCAAAAGCCAAAUGACAAAUGAGGAGAGAAAUUACAGAAGUGAUAUUGUGAUCGAUAAUUCUGGGUCAGUUUCUAAUCUAAAAGAUUCCAUAGCGUUGCUUUCAAAGGAGAUUAAACCAAGUAAAAUUUGGACAUUUUUGGACUUGAUCCCGCCAUUUGGUAUCAUAUCGGCGUUGUUCACAUUCGCAAUUAAAAGAAUAACGGAAAAAUACAAAGGAACAAAACCGAAAGAUAAAUAG